AAGCCCGCGGCCACCGCCACUGCUCCAGCCGCCGCCGCUCGCGCUCGCGGCCACCUGAGGAGACCCGCCGCCUCUGUACAGCCCUCGGCAGACCGGCUUUCCCGAGCACGUCGCCACUCUCUCUUUUUUUUCCUCCUUCUUUUUUACCCAUUGCAAGAGAAGAAAACUAAAGGAACGUUCCAGCCCCAAAGAACCACCUAACACCUUUCCGUGCCACCGAAGUCCCCUCCGGGAAAGAGAGGGUCGCCGCCGGAGCCACCGAGGGCGGGUGGGCAGCAGGAGGGCCGAGGAGGAGGAGGAGGAGGAGGAGGAGGAGGAGGAAGAGGAGUGGCGGGCAUCGGUGGUGGAAAGUUGCGCGUGGCACACACCCGACGGCGCAGCGCCCCGCACAGCCCCGGGGGACACGCCACUGACCCUGACAUCCCCACUCCUCCUGCGUCGUCACCCACGAGCCAAGAGGGCCCCGCGGGGCCCGGGACGACGCCUCCUCCUGCGGCGUGGACUCUGUCUGUCGGUGGCCCUGGACAAGGAGGAGGAGGAAUAUGGCAUCGAAGGCGGCCCCUUCCAGUCGUCUGGUUUUCUGCCUCUUGAUCUCCGCCGCGGUCCUCAGACCAGGCCUUGGAUGGUACACUGUAAAUUCAGCAUAUGGGGACACCAUUAUCAUGCCUUGCCGACUCGAUGUACCUCAGAACCUCAUGUUUGGCAAAUGGAAAUACGAAAAGCCUGAUGGAUCUCCAGUAUUCAUUGCCUUCAGGUCCUCUACAAAGAAAAAUGUGCAGUAUGACGAUGUACCUGAAUACAGAGACAGACUGAGCCUCUCAGAAAACUACACUUUGUCUAUCAGCAAUGCAAAGAUCAGUGAUGAAAGGAGAUUUGUGUGCAUGCUAGUGACUGAGGACAACGUGUUCGAGGCACCUACACUUGUCAAGGUGUUCAAGCAACCAUCUAAACCUGAAAUUAUAAACAAAGCACCAUUUCUUGAAACAGAACAGCUGAAUAAGUUGGGAGACUGCAUUUCAAGAGACAGUUACCCAGAUGGCAACAUCACAUGGUAUAGAAAUGGAAAAGUUCUGCAACCCAUUGAAGGAGCGGUGAUCAUAAUUUUUAAAAAGGAAGUAGAUCCAGUUACUGAGUUGUAUACCAUGACUUCAUCCUUGGAGUAUAAGACAACCAAGGCAGAUAUACAAAUACCAUUCACGUGCUCUGUGACGUAUUAUGGACCCUCAGGCCAGAAAACAAUUCAUUCAGAACAAGAAGUCUUUGACAUUUAUUAUCCAACAGAGCAGGUGACGAUACAAGUGCUGCCACCAAGAAAUGCCAUCAAAGAAGGGGACAACGUCACUCUGAAAUGCCUGGGGAACGGCAACCCUCCACCUGAGGAAUUUAUGUUUUACUUACCAGGACAGCCCGAAGGAAUAAGGAGCGCAGAUACGUACACGCUGGCAGACGUGAGACGCAAUGCAACAGGAGAUUACAAGUGCUCCCUGACGGGCACGAAGAGCAUGGUCGCCUCAACGGCCGUCACAGUUCACUAUUUGGAUUUAUCUUUAAACCCAAGUGGAGAAGUGACCAAGCAGCUUGGCGACACCCUGCCAGUGUCCUGCACGAUAUCAGCGAGUAGGAACGCAACCGUGGUUUGGAUGAAAGACAACAUCAGGCUUCGGUCGAGCCCAUCCUUUCCUAGCCUUCAGUACCAGGAUGCUGGAAACUAUGUCUGUGAAACUUCUCUGCAAGAGGUUGAAGGGCUAAAGAAGAGAGAGUCUUUGACUCUUGUCGUAGAAGGAAAACCUCAAAUCAAAAUGACAAAGAAAACUGAUCCCAGUGGACUGUCUAAAACCAUAAUCUGCCAUGUGGAAGGUUUCCCAAAGCCAGCUAUACAGUGGACCAUUACGGGCAGUGGAAGCGUCAUAAACCAAACAGAGGAAUCUCCUUAUAUCAAUGGCAGGUAUUAUAGUAAAAUUAUCAUUUCCCCUGAAGAAAAUGUUACAUUAACUUGCACAGCAGAAAACCAACUGGAGAGAACAGUAAACUCCUUGAAUGUCUCUGCUAUAAGUAUUCCAGAGCACGAUGAGGCAGACGAGAUCAGUGAUGAAAACAGAGAAAAGGUGAACGACCAGGCUAAGCUAAUCGUGGGGAUCGUGGUCGGCCUCCUCCUCGCUGCUCUCGUGGCUGGCGUCGUCUACUGGCUGUAUAUGAAGAAGUCCAAGACUGCAUCAAAACAUGUGAACAAGGACCUUGGUAAUAUGGAAGAGAACAAAAAGUUAGAAGAAAACAAUCACAAAACAGAAGCCUAAGAGAGGAGUGGUUCUUGCGGCAGAGAAUAAAAACAUAUAGACCAAUUGAAGCAUGAACGUGGAUUGUAUUUAAGACAAAAAACAAAAAACAAAACAAAGACACUGACAGCAAUUCAUGGUUCAAGUAUUAAGCAGUUCAUUCUACCAAGCUGUCACAGGAUUAUAGAGAAUUAUCUCAAGUAAAACAAUGAAAUGAAAUUACAAAGAGUAACAACAAGAUUUGGCAGCCAUGAUAAUAGGUCAUAUGUUGUGUUUGGUUUGAAUUUUUUUUUCUGUAAAUGUCUGCACUGAGGAUUUCUUUUUGGUUUGCCUUUUAUGUAAAUUUUUUACGUAGCUAUUUUUAUACACUGUAAGCUUUGUUCUGAGAGUUGCUGUUAAUCUGAUGUAUAGUGUAAUGUUUUUAUUUCGGUUGUUUAUAUGGAUAAGCUGAGCAGGUACAUUGCUGAUUCUGGUUGUUAUCCGUAAUACUCCAGACUUUCUUUCGAGCACCUAAAACCCACAGGUGGCAGUUUGUAGAGAUUGGGGACACACACAUCGCCCUACCCAAAACCUGUGUUUAUCAUGAGACCGGGAGGCCAUGAGCCAGCUUGCUAAGCACCGCAAGUGGAUACUGUGUGCGUGAUACCCUCUGACCUGUUAUCAAGUCACAGAAACCUUCAGUCACGCUGAGGAGGACAGUACUCCCAAACUGACAAGUUUGCUUUUCUGAAAGACAUUACACCAAAUUUGGGUAACACUAAUUUAGAGAUACCUGCUAGUCCACUGUAUUUUGUAAGAGUCAAAGAGUGCAAAAGAAAAAUCAAUGAUUCAGAGAGAGAGUUUGGGAAAAUUACAGAUAGCAUCCUCAUGUUCAUAGAUACAAGAUAAAUCACAGUUAUUAAAAUUGGUGUUAAAUCCUUUGGGUUCUCCACUGCCUUAAAAUCAUACCUAUUUCCUUUAAAAAAUAUAAAAGAUAUCAGUCAGAAUUAGAGAUUUUUAACAGUGGUCAUUAUUAAAGCUGUGUUAUUUUCCACAGAAUAUAGAAUAUAUAUUUUUUUCGUGUGUGUUUUUGUUAACUACGCUACAAAUAUUGAAUGCACCUUGAGAUAAUUUAGUGUUUUUAACUGGUACAUAAUUUAUCAAGCAGUACAUAAGAGUGUAAUAAUAUAAUGUCUAUGUCUCUUUAGUUACAUUCAAAUUUGUAACUUUAUAAACAUGUUUUAUGCUUGAGAAACUUUUUAAGGUGGUGGUAUAAAUGGAAACUUUUUCAAGUAGACUGAGUAAGGGCCAAUAGCUACUUGUGAUUAGACUUUUAAACUUUGCUCUUUCAGCAGACGCCUGGUUUCUAGGAGAAUGCUGCACAGCCAUUUUUGGUCCAGGAUUUGCAUAACUAACUGAGAAAAGAAAAAUGAACAUUAGAUUUCCAAGUAUAGAAGUAUGUCCUUUAAGAGGAAAGGGAAAACUGGUGUUUGUUUUUUAGUCUCGAGGAAUAAAAAUAUGAAUGCAAUAGAAAACUAAUUGAAAAUUAAACACUUACGGAGAUUGAGGAUAACAUUCUGUUACGUCUGCAUCACUAAGAGACACAUUAUUGUACAUUUGUAACCAUUUAUUGUCUGAGCAAUAGUGACUCAGUUUAAUAAAAGCUUCCUGUAGUGCAUUGGUAUGGAUUAAAUACAUGAAAUAUUCUAUUAGACUCAAUGCUGUGUAAAUUAUUAUGGUAAAAAAGAAAAUAUGAUAUUUUGCCUCUAAACUUUGAUUUAUUGAAGUUUUAUUUGGAAGAAAAAAAUUUGAAUCUUGGUCAAUAUUCAAACCAAAGUGGAAGGGGAAACAAAACCAAAGUUGCUUGUUUUGCAUGGCAAAGCCUUUCUGUCAUCACUGUAAAUACUGUGAUUUCUUUUUAUUUUCUUUUUAGAAUUUUGUUAAAGAAAUUCUAAAAUUUUAAACACCUGCUUUCCACAAUAAAUCAUGAACACUAAAGUGAGAUUAUUUCCACAUUAAUAGGUUUUUUUUUUUUUCUUUUGGUGUGGGAGCUCAGAAGUUUAAAGUCUUACUGCUAAGUUAUGUUUGCUACAAGAAGCAACUGGAUAGCAGAAAGAGUGUUAUACCACAGUUAUGGCUUGGUGUCCACUUGCAGUGGUUAACUAAAUCCAAAAGCGGCUGUCAGAACCUAGACAGCAGAGCAGGAGAAGCUCAGUGGAUGAGAGCAGAUUUCAGAGCAGGGACAACUUUGUUAUUAUCCAAUCAGUGUCUGGACAAAGAAGAAAUCUCAGUUGCCUAGCAGCAGCCACGCCCACCGUGGCACUGGAGGAGGAUAAUGUGCAGUCUUCAGGUUCUGGGGUUUCUUCCCCCAACUGCACUCCUCAGCAGCAGGAGGCAGGUGUUACCAGUUCAAGGUUCACUCCCUAUAUGUGAUCAUAGGAACUGUAUGUGAAAAUGGAUUAACAUACCCCUCUAUGCCUAAAAGAUAAUAAAAAUGAAAUAUGUCUUCACAUA